CCCACACGACGCAGCUCAGCUGCCGCACAGUGUCUGCCAACUCAGUGUGGGCUCUCCUUCCAUUUCAUCUCAGUCGUUCCUCGUUUGCUGACCAGCGACUGUCGCGCUGCCCCGUCCUCUUCCUCCGGUCCAGUUGCACGCUGAGCCAUGGCAGCCGCCACCAAGAUCGUGGGGAUCACCACGAACUCCCUCCUCAAGUCCGCCGCGCCGGCGUCGCUGUCAGCUGCCGCACCGUCGAGGCACAACUCAUGGUGGUCCCACGUCCAGAUGGGUCCCCCAGACCCAAUCCUUGGAGUAACAGAGGCGUACAAACGUGACCAGAAUUCCAACAAAAUCAAUCUGGGUGUGGGUGCUUACCGAGAUGACAAUGGCAAGCCAUUUGUGCUGCCCAGUGUUAUUGAGGCUGAAGAUCGUAUGCGCAAGAAGAACCAGGACAAGGAGUACGCCCCUAUCUCAGGCCCUGCCGAGUUCUGCAAGCACAGCAUCACACUUGCACUGGGUGAAGAUAAUGAGCAUGUCAAAAAUUCUCUCAAUGCAACAGUACAGGGUAUUUCUGGUACUGGCUCUCUCCGCAUUGGUGGGGCUUUCCUUCAACGCUUCCUCCCUGGAAAGGACCUGUAUUUGCCAACUCCGUCUUGGGGUAACCAUACACCCAUUUUUAAGGACUCUGGAUUGAAUGUCAAACAGUAUCGCUACUAUGAUCCCGCUACCUGUGGACUCAAUUUUAAUGGUGCUCUGGAAGAUAUUUCCAAAAUACCUGAGAAAUCUAUUAUUCUUCUUCAUGCUUGUGCACACAACCCAACUGGAGUUGACCCGAAGCCAGAGCAGUGGAAAGAGCUUUCAAAACUUAUCAAGGACAAGAAGUUAUUCCCAUUCUUCGACAUGGCAUACCAAGGCUUUGCCUCCGGUGAUGUUGCUAAAGAUGCAUUUGCAGUCCGUCUCUUUGUCAAUGAAGGCCAUCAGAUUGCUCUGGCACAAUCUUAUGCCAAGAACAUGGGACUUUAUGGUGAAAGAGCUGGGGCCUUCUCACUCGUAACUAGUAGCAAGCAAGAAGCUGACACUGUCAUGUCUCAACUGAAAAUUCUUGUGCGACCAAUGUACUCAAACCCCCCUGUUCAUGGCGCGAGGAUUGUUUCAGAGAUCCUUGGUGAUGCGUCCUUAAAAUCAAUGUGGUUGAAGGAUGUCAAGGGAAUGGCUGAUAGAAUUAUUUCUAUGAGAACUCAACUUCGUGAUGGUUUGAAGAAGGAAGGAUCCUCACGCAACUGGGCUCACAUUACUGAUCAAAUUGGCAUGUUCUGCUACACUGGCAUGAAUGCCCAACAGGUUGAACGCAUCACCAAGGAGUUCAGCAUUUACCUUACUAAGGAUGGACGUAUCUCUAUGGCCGGAGUUACAAGCAAAAAUGUUGGAUACUUGGCCAAAGCUAUGCAUGAAGUUACCAAAUAAUUAUUGCCCUUGCCCUUUUAUCACUUACCUUUUUAUUAAUUGCCUUUUUAUUGAUUGCCAAACUCCCGUUAUUUUACUGUGCAUUUGUUGAACUUAAAGUUACCUGUACACCUAUUCUAGUAUUUAUAUUCCAUGUGAUGAAUAAAUCUGUCCAAUAGAUCAGAUCUCUAGUCGCCAUCUGACAAUCAUGUGCAUUUGCAAAGCAUUUUGCAUUCAAAUGGAUGUCACAUUCCAGAUACCAGCUGUGCACUUAUUUUUAUAAAUGUUAUUACAUUUGAAGUUCUGAUAUCUUUGAUUCUGUAACACUUGUCAAAUAUAAGAGGUCUUGUUCGUGCACCAUUAAA